CAACCAGUCUAUUCAUCCCGGCCCGCCGAAUGUUAUUUAACAGCAUCCUUUCACUGCAGUGUACACGCACGGAACUCCACAGCUGCACGUCGAAAAACAGCGAAGGUGCCAGAAAUUUCUGCAAGUUGCUUCACAGAACUUCAUCUCUUGUCGACAUCAUGAGUAGGCCUGCAGCGCCCUUGAAUCCAGGGUUUGUUGCGAAAGCAGAGAAACUACUGGCCCACCUUAAGGAGUGUGUCAAAGAAUUCGAAGGAGACCCUACCGCCUUGUUGGCUGUUACUGACAAGUACUGCUACGAGAACUGUAGCAUGAUGCACGUGGGAGACAAGAAAGGUGUAAUUGUAUGGAAAAUUGUCAACGAGUUGGCUCCUAAGACUUGCUUAGAGCUGGGCACAUACUGUGGCUACUCGGCGGUCUUGAUGGCGAGUGCCUUACCUGCUGAAAGCCGCUACAUCACCGUUGAAGCCGAGGAGGGGAGCGAGAAUGUUGCCCGGCAGUUCAUUAAACUAGCUGGAGCCGACGUGAGUGAGAAGAUCACACUUAUUGGUGGGAUGUCAAACGAUGUGAUACCAAAGCUGCGAGAGGAUUUCUCCGUGGACACCUUGGAUUUUGUCUUCAUCGAUCACUGGAAAAAGCUGUAUCUGAGGGACCUGAAACUCCUGGAGUCCCACGGCCUACUGAGGAAGGGAACCGUCAUCCUGGCAGACAAUGUCGUAUACCCUGGGGUUCCAGAUUACCUGGAGUACGUGCAGAGCUCGGAGAAAUACCAGACGGAGCUGAUCCACUCGACAGUUGAGUAUUCCGACAUCGAAGAUGCCUUGGCGAAGUCGGUUUAUCUUGGAUAAAAAGAAACACGGAGACAUAUAUAGGUUUAUGCGUAAAUAUCAUUUACGAGGAGUAGCACAGUUUGAUGGCCUGUGUGUGUCAUGUUUGGGAAAGUGAAAAAUAAUUACAUGGAGAAAGCGGUGAUAAGGAUUUCACACGUCGCCAGCACACCCUGUCGCUGUUCGUGCUAAUUACUGACCGAUGUCUGAUGGGAAAAAGAGUAAUUUAAAAAGCUGCAAUACGAAUACGUCCUUCGACCGUAUAACGGCAGGAAUGGACCGGGCAUUAUUCACUCCAAACCAGGAGAGUUUAGUAUAUAAAUUAUUCGACUUUUAUGUCAAUGUUUGUUCUCUGGCUGUGGGAACUGAAUGUGAUGUUUUUAAACAGAUACAUGCUGCUAUAUAAUCGGCAAAGAGCAUCUUUUAUCAGCAUUUAACAUGAUAAUUAAUAUACAUUACUUGAAAGCAGGCACUUUUUAUUUUUUAUUUGUUUCAUUUAUGUAACCAACAGCAGUUAACUGCAAUUUACGGGGAUUUAGAAAAAAUAAAAUUAAAAUAUCAAAUAUACAUGACUAUGGGCAUUAAUGAACUUGAAAUAUCUAAAACAUUUUCAAUAUUAAUGUACACAUUGUAAAGACACACCAAAACAUGAGUCUUGUAAAAAAAAAACUCUAGGAUAAAAGCAACAGGAAUCAACUCCAACCAAUCUGUUACAAAGGAUAAAACUGUAAAUGCCAGUACGGAAGCAGUUUAGUGAGCAGUUAAUUUCCUUCCCUAAAGGGACAUAAGAAAAACGCUCUGAAUAAUUAAAUGAAAAGUGAGAAAUCGCCUCGAAAUAAAAUAGAUAA